CGCCCACCGCGUCGACUGGAGCGCGCAGGGAUCCUCAACUCUUUGAUUCCGCUGUGAAUGAACUCUUCCAGACACUUCUGAUCAUCUGACUGGAUUCUGUCACGCCGUAAAAAACACACUUGCAUCUAAAUUCAUCUCCGUCCGUCGAUCCAGAGGCGUUUGUUACACACACACUGGUUUUUUCGUCUGAAGAAAGAAAGAACGGAAGGACUAUUUUAGCUUUAUUUUAGGUUGAAGUUAGUUUAUCUUUUGUCAUAUGAAGGAUAUGGGCAGAUGUGGAAAUGUUGCGUUUUGUGCGAUGGUGCUCUUCUACUGUUCUUUCAUUACAGGUGACUAUCUCUGCGUGUCAUCUGCGACUGAUGUGUCUUCAUCAUCUCACAGCUCUGUGAAGAGAAGAAACGGUGUGACUAAUGUCAACAUGACCUCGACCCCCGGCAGCGAUCAGACACAGUCCUCCACUAACAUCACCAACAGCACUGAGGCCACGCCGCACACAGACACAACUGCAGUAAUGUUGGUGAACUCAUCCGCCCCGGCUGAGAAUGCCACAGACAGUCGAAACGUCUCUGAUGUGUCACCUGUGAAUAACGAGACAGCAGUUACCACGGUAAAACCUACCACACUCUCGCCAUCAACGAGCCACGAGCCCACAAGCAGCAUCCACCUCAGCACGCUCCACUCGACAUCCACCGCUGCAGGAACCAACGGCGCUCCAGAAUCAACGAGCGCUCGCAGCAGACUGAGAUCCACCACGCAGAUGACAGCGAGCAGCAGUCCUGUCCAGGCCAAAGCCCACGCCGACACCCCCUCGGCUCUGAAUGUCGGAGAUGACGACAAUAGCAAAGCGUCCACUGACCCGCUGCUGGCUGGACUGGUGUCGGCGUUCGUCGUCGUCGCUGCCAUCGUGUCGGUCCUCUUAUUCCUCAAAUUCAGAAACACAAAUGACGGCCCAGAGUUUCGCAGACUUCAGGAUCUCCCCAUGGAUGAUAUGCUGGAGGACGCGCCUCUCUCCAUGUACAGCUACUGAAAACCCAGAUGUUCCUCAGACAUCUUCAGAGCGCCCAGCAUCCUCUGAUCAACACAACACAGACACAAUUAAAUGUGCUUCACAGAGGCACAAACACUCCUGUUGUUUCUGUUACAGGACUAAAUGUAGCGUCAUACUCCACUUUAGUUGUUAAAUUCACCGUGGCCAUCAGUUCGUGUUCGUUGGGUUGUUUUCUUGCACUUUACGUGGGGUUUGGGAAGGGUCGUGUGCUGCGGGGAUAUUUGGGAGCUGUUUUUGGAUGUAUGUGUUCAUUUGUUUCUCUGAUAGUCGUGUCGUCUCUGGAUCUGCUUUAGCUGUGUGUGUGUUACAUGGUCUAAUUCUAGAAUUAACCUGCUGCUUUGUGUUUUCUGAUCAACUUCCUGUUAUUUGUUAAAAGAAUAAUUCACUCUAAAGAGCUGAAAAAUCUACUCACCCUCAUGAGUUUGUUUGUUCAUAGGAACAGAUUUGGAGAAAUGUAGCAUUCCGUCACUUGCUCAGCAAUGGAUGCUCUGCAGUGAAUGGGUGCCGUCAGAAUGAGACUCAAACAGCUGAUAAAAACAUCACAAUAAUCCACACCACUCCAGUCCAUUAAUUAACAUCUUGUGAAGAAAAAAAGCUGCAUGUUUGGAAGAAACAAAUCCAUCAAGAUUUUUUACGUUACUUCUGGCUAAAAUAACAGUCCUCUAUCAAUAAUAAUGCUUACUCCAGUGCGAAAGUCAUCUCGUCUGAAUCAGGAGAGAAAUAUGCACAGAUGAAGCACCGUUUACAAGUGAAAACAGUCCAAAACAGAUCUAAACAAAUUGUGGGUGGAAUUUGAUGUGAGAGGACAGCAAGAGGAUGGACUUUCUUCACUGGAGGAAACGUUAUUAUAGACUUCUAUUAUGACCUGAAGCAAGAGUUUAAACACUUUUAUAAUGGAUUUGUUUCUUAAAAACAUGCAGCUUCUCAAGACAUUAAUUGAUGGACUGGAGUGGUGUGGAUUAUUGUGAUGUUUUCAUCAGCUGUUUGGACUCUUGUUCUGACGGCACCCAUUCACUGCAGAGCAUCCAUUGGUGAGCAAGUGACGGAAUGAUACAUUUCUUCAAAUCUGUUCUGAUGAAGAAACAAACUCAUCUACAUCUUAGAUGGCCUGAGGGUGAGCACAUUUGAACUUUUUGGGGAAAUUACUCUUUGAAAGAAAUGUUCCACGUUCAGUAGAAGUUUUAGAUUAUCACACAAAAUAAUUUGAAUUUCUCUCAGUCUUUUUAAUCAUGUUUACAGUAAUGCACUUUAAUGCAAGUCUGAGGGGUACCAGAAUAAACAAUAAAAUGCGUUUCAUUUUCAACAGUACAGCCACAUGACUUACACGGCACUAGUAUAUAAUAGUCUACUAGCCUCGUCUGUGUGAAGUUACAUUCAGUUUUCUAACUCCUGUAAAGCUGCUAAACCCUGUAACUUUUGCACGACACACACAAGGAGUCUUCCCUAGUAAGUGCAUUACUGUAAACUGGUUUUUGCUUGUUUUUAGAGACAGAAUUAUACAGCUUAACCUGUAUUAAAUCUGGAACAUUCCUUUAAUACCGUCACGAUUUCCCGAUGUUCGUUUCACUUCCUUCUCUGUUUAGUUCCCAAGGAUGUUUCCACCCGUGAGAAAUACCAUUUUUGUCAGUCAUACAGACGUUCAAUUCACUUCAAGUGAAAAUGUGGAAUUGUUUACAUCAUUUGGAAUGUCAUCAAAUAGACAAAACAACAGCGCUGAAAAUGCAACUGGCUCUUGGCUUAUGUUGCAAAAUUCAACCAUUUUCAACGUUAUGUUUUGAGAAAAAAAAUCAAUUUGUGUGCACUUUGACAAAGAUGGUAAAAAACAGACCUUUAGUCAAUAAAUAGCCAUAAUUUUAAUGCUUUUCUUGUGCCUGAAAUGUUUUAUAAAAACUGCGAAAAAAUAAAAUGUAGCUAUAGACUCAACAUCCAACAUUUUUUAUUGAUUGAUAAAACAGUCAAUAAUACAGUAUUUUCAUCCUUGUGGUUUGUUGGCUGAUGGAUGUGUGAUGUUUACUUUGUGUAAUAACUUGUGAGAGUGCAUUUAAAGUGUUUCUUAUUACACAAUGUUCUUUUUAAUUAAUAAAAGUCUUUAAAAUACACUAAA